GUUUCAUUUUAUGCCAAAUAUCAUAAUUGUACGGAGCCAAAUUUCACCUAGACGGCGGGGUUGUAUUGUGUGGGUGAGGGAUAGGAUAAGAUCGAGAAGACAGUGAGUGAAUGAGCGUGAAAGGGACGGAAGCAUGGCGGCCUCAAUUUCAUCAUCGGCUGCUGCUGCCGCUAUGAUUAUCCAUCAUCAUCGGCUAAUACCUUCUUCUUCUUCGUCUUGUUCAUUGAGGUGCGCGAAGCUCAAAACAGAGUUUUGGGGGGGAAGGUGCGGCGGCCCCUCAUCGAUCGAUCGAGAUGAUACCAGAAUAAGUUGCUGGUUCAGAUUCGGCGGCGGCGGCGGAAAAAGUAGCAGGAGGCAGUCGCGAGACGACUUUGAUCGAGAUGAUGUUGAACAGUACUUCAACUAUAUGGGCAUGCUAGCCGUGGAGGGGUCUUAUGACAAGAUGGAGGCUCUGUUGAAGCAGGAUAUCCACCCCGUCGAUGUUUUGCUACUUCUGGCUGCUUCAGAGGGAGACCAGCCCAAAGUCCAAGAGCUACUCACAGCCGGCGCCGAUUACACCGUCAAAGAUGCUGAUGGCCGCACCGCGCUUGAUAGGGCCGCUGUUCAUCAGGAUCUCAAACCCUUCAUGCUCAAUCUUUCACUCCCCAACCCACCUAGUUAACAAUAUGCACAUGGUCAGAAAAAGGAUAUUGAAGCUCCAGAUGUUGGUAUGAAGUUUGUUACAAAAGAAACCGUGUAGAUUGGUCAUGUCUGUGUAGUGUAUGAAGCUUUGUCUGUGUAUGCUGGAACAAGUAUCUGUGUUUGUCUGUGAAAUACUUAAAGUUGUCUGUAUUUGCGUACAUGGUCUGUGUAUAGCACAAAGUUGUCUGAAUAAAUUAUUUAAUUUUUUUGAAUUGAAUAUGGUACCAUGACAGAUGCACAUGGUCAGAAAAAGGAUAUUGAAGCUCCAGAUGUUGGAAUGAAGUUUGAUACGAAAGAAGCCGUGUAUAUUUUUACAAGUUUAAAAAGAAGCCGUGUACAUGGGGUUGAGGUGGGGAAAGGGCUAAUUUUUUUUUUUUUACUU